GGCAUACACACGCCAGCACUGAACACACGCCAUGCGAAUGUCGCACAACAAAAAACAGCUGACUUUAUCAGUCAUCAUGCAGUGAAUAAGAAAAUUAAUAGACGCGUAAAAGUAAAUUUUUCUGAUUGCAUUCUUUGUGCGUUGUUUUUGUUGAAAGCAAAAAAAGUUAAUACUAUAGGUUUAAAAUCUCAAAGUCGGUAUAUUAGUGUGUCAAAUAACGCAAAAAUUUUAUUUGCACACAAGCGUUGCACGCUAUGGAGCAGGUUGCACAUGUAGAAGCUUGCCGCCUGUGCGCGAAUUUCUAUGUGACCGGUGCUGAGGUCGAAUUUGUGCAUCUCUUCCAACCACUGACCGGACUUGAGGAGCAGUUGCAGUUUACACGCAACGAAUUGAGCAAUUGGCACUUACAGAUUUCGGGCGAUGAUGGCUUGCCGCAGCGUAUUUGUGCGAAUUGUUUUACACAAUUUUGUAAUAUAUACGCAUUCCGUCAGCAAUGUGUGUUGGCACAACAAAAAUUGUUGCAAUCAUUUGUGGGCGUUGGUCUGAGCGCAGACAAUGCAAUUACAGGCGAAGCUAAACAACAACAGACAAACACAAACGCUGAUUUGUCAAGCGACAGUGAGCUGCUGAAUGGGUUGAAAAUGGAGGCACCCGUGACCAGCGCUGAAUUAAUGGCCAGUUUAGAUUGUUUACAAACGCCCACCACCAGCGCUGAUGUGAUCGCCAGCUUAGAUGGCAUGCAGCUGCCCGCUAGUGUGGCGGAGACGCUCUCCAUGCUCACACAGGAACUGACUACUAUGCAAAAUGGCACACUGCUGGAUAAUAGCGGCAAUUCCAUAACCACACAUGCCAAUAUGGACACGAAGACGGCACAAACGAAUGUUUUGCAAUUUAAUGCAGCUACAACAACACAAAACAUAUACUAUACACAGCAGACGCCAAUCACCACAGUGAGCGCCGACACCAAUACGCCAGCGACUUUAGUGACGACCAGUGACAGCACGCCAAAGCGUGCUACAAAAUGCAGCAAAGCCAGUGAUAUUGAUUUGGAGGAAAUGCUACAGGGCAGCAUUAUACAGAAGAACAACAAUACGUCCACGGAUUUGAAGGCUACAGCGCAAACUGACGACGCAGCAGCACAACAGCCUUACACCAAUUAUAAUGAACUGUUGGAAGAUGAUAUGGACCUUAUCUCAUGCUCCGACCCCGAGGACACACACGAAAUGGACGAGCUCGACGCCGAUGGGGACCCCUCAACACAAACGCGCAUCUCACGCAACCCAUUCGCCUGUCAAUACUGUUACUGCCCAAACUCCGGCUCCAUCGAUCACCUCGUCUUCGACAGCGCCGAUGCACUCUCGCAGCAUUUCUUCGACGUGCACGACCCCAAUUUGCCCUACACAUGCCCGUAUUGCCCGCAAAAGUACAGCUCCGUCAAGCAACGCGACUAUCAUGUGCGGCUCAUACACCCGACCGCCGCCAAAUCCGAACACUGCAACUACUGUAAGAAGACGCUACGCUCGCCAAAGGAAUUACACGAGUUCAACUGUCAAUAUGUAAGCAAUUGGCAUUGCGAUACGUGCGAUCAACGUUUUGUGCAAGUGCCCUUGGGUCGUUUUCGCACGCAUCAGCGUCAUCACGCCGCCAGCAAGUUUAAAUGUCGUGAUUGUGCGCGCGUGUUUGUACGUCGCGCCAAUUUGCUCGCGCAUGAGCGUACUCACCGGCCGUCAGUGCAACACGCAAUACAGUGCGAUCAAUGUAAAGAAGUAUUCUCCAACGAUUAUGAGGUGCGCCGCCACAAGUAUCAAGCGCAUGAUGGCGCUCUGCCAGUGCGUUGCGCCUACUGUCACAAAGGUUUCGUCAGCAUGGCCUUUCUCAGUCGGCACACGCAACACUUCCAUCCGGAAAAGUUGAACCACACCAAUUUCGCGUCCGCCACCUGCAGCAAUUGCGGCUGCGCCUUCAGCUCCAUACACAAAUUGCGUCUGCACCUGCAGCGACCGCGCGACGAGAACGGACGCUGCAUUGAGUUGGUGCGUGAAGUCGCGCCGUAUCAGGAGCGCGCACGCCAGCUACGGCGACCGCGCCUGCACUCCUGCCAUCACUGCAAUAAACGCUUCUCCACACGUGCCACGCUCGAAAAACACAUGACCACCCAUGAGGCCGUCACGUAUGGCUGCAACGAGUGCACGACCACCUUCGCGAAUGCCAACGAGCUGAAACAGCAUGUCAUGCAGUUGCAUGUGAAGCCGCGCUACCUCAAAUGUGAGCACUGCGACAAGCGUUUCUGCUAUAUGCGCGAAUUGCAACAACACCAGAAAAUACACAUCGCCGCGUUCGAGGACAAAACGCUGCACUGCCCCGUCUACAAGUGCGGCUUUGUGGCCUCCUGCGCGCAGGAGGCGCACGAUCAUGCCGUACUCAAGCACAAGCUCGUCGCCUGCGAAUACUGCGAUGGGCUCUUUGCGCGCAAUCGGAUCUCAGUUCAUCAACGCACCACGCAUGCCGCACAAAUUGGUGUAUCUAAAUCGAAUAACAAUAACAAUAAUGAAGCUAGUGUGCGCAGCUCAUUGGCGGCGCAAAACGAAGACUCUUUGGCCGUGGCGAGCAUACUCGACAACAACACACAUAACCAAAGCAAUGAUAAUGACAUUAUGGUCUCAUUUGAGGACACCGCCAACAGUGGCAGCGAGAAGGUGCGCGUUGAGUUGGUGCACCAGCAGACGCCAAGUAUUAGCAGUUUGGUGCUGCAAGAGCAAACGUCCAACACUUUUAAACCACUCGAUCCAACGGCCGAUGAAAUGGAGCAGAACUUCCUAAUUAACAAUUUGCUGGAUCCGGAAAAUGAGAUCAUAGUCACAUGAUAGACUGUAGACGAACUGUUACUGUGUAUGUAGGUGCGACAGUUAAUUUGAAAAAACAAACAGAAUUUCCGUAAGAAGUAUUGGCAACGAUUUUGAAAAACAAAAACAAAUCGGUGUGACCUUAAAGUGAAUAUCUCAUAGCAUUAUAACUUAAAAUAAUUGGUUUUGACAAUUCGAUAUUAAUUUUAAAAUUACAUAUGUUUAGUUUUCCAAAGAAUUUAUUUUAACAGUUAUUUACAGCCAACAAAACAGCUAUUGAAUUAAAAAUAUUACUGAAUUGCAAAUAAUGCAUUUUAAUUAUGUAAUUUUCGUAAGUUUAAUAAAAGAAUUAAAGUAUUUUCAAAAUAUGCUUAAAAAAACGUAUGAAAAAAGUAAAAAAAAAAAACUUGCAACAAGAAAACUACUCGUAACGCAGAAUUCUACUUAGGUAACGUAAUAAACCAGAACUUUAAAAAGCAAAUAAAAAAAAAAUUAAUUGAAAAAGUUCAAAAAUGCGUUGCAGCAUGUAACGAAUAAUACAUACUUAAUUAAAAAAAAAAAGAUGGAAAAAAGUAUUGGCAGUUAAUUUUUCAAGUAAGACAAAUUCUAAAGACAUAGUAUAUUAAUUAAAAUUAGUAAAUAUUUGAAAAAAAACUACGCCGCAACCAAAAUAUUAAAAUUUUCGAUGUUUUAAACAUAAAAAACGCAUGUUCGAAAAUUCGAACUUAAUUCGAAAAUACAUAUUAACCGCAGAAACAUUAAAAUAUACCGCUAGCAAUUGUGCAAGCAAAUUUUUGGGCCUAAGUAAUGCAUAAAAUAAGUUUCGAAUAUGCCAAUAAUGGCUAAUAAGUAAAAAAUUAUUUACAUUUAAUAAUUGUAUUCAUUAAAAAAUUGCAUAACUACAAAAUUUAAGUAUAUAUGUGCAACUGAAGACAUAACUUCAUUGCAAGCAGUAAAUUUCUUUGAAAAAGAAAUUAUUUUCGAAAAAAACAAAAGUUUUAGUAAGUCGUAACAUAAAUUGUUUAAAAAUUAAACUUUUUAUUCAUGUGUAUUUUUGUUAUUAAUAAGGUUUUAUUUUCGCAUAUUCGAAAUCAAAACUAUUAUAAACUUUAUUAUUAUUAUUUUUUUUAAUUUUAAAUAUUAAAUUAUUUGGAUCGAAACAAAUUUGCGCAAACGAAAAUUACAGUUCGUUUUAUUCAAGCAAAUAUUGUGUUAUUUUUUAUAAAAAUAUGUUACCAAUUUGGCCAUGAAAUUAUUUUCAAAAAUAUUAACUAUUUGUUUAUGAAGGCUACAAAUAUGCUACCAAUUUAAUUUGGCCAUGCAAUUAUUUUCAAAAAUAUUAAUGUAUUUAGUUAUGAAGGCUGUUAGCUAGUAAUCUAAGUUUUUUUAUACGCAUAUUGUAAACGUAGUGAGCUUUUAGUAAAAAGUUUCAAUUCUAAUUUAUAAGUUGUUUUUGUACGAAAAAUUAUAUUUUUUAUUACUAAAAUAUUGGUUUACAAGGAAAACUAUUUCAAAAAACAAGAAAAGGCAAAUACUCAAUAAGGGACACUUUUUGACUAAAAAAAAUUUAAUUUCGAAUUUUCGAAAAUAGCCGUAAAUUUAUUGUUGCCGUAGAGCAAACUUUAAAAUUAACUAAAAAAUUCGAACUAACGCUUUUUAUGCAUUCGAAAUUAACUUCGAAAAUUCGAACAUUCAAAUUUUGUGUUUAUUUUAUUUUUUUUAUGCAACUGCGAAGUUUUUCGUGACCCAUAUUAGUUUAAAUGUGUCAAAAGUGACUAGAAAAUUGGGUAAACACUUGUAGUUUUGCAAUUGAUAGGCCUUUGUAUUGCUACAAACAUGUUCCAUUAUGAGUUUGAUUUUUCUCAUAUUUAUGUAUGUAUUGUAUAUUAUAAUAUAUGGUUAAACUAAGCUUAAACCUGCUUUUACUAUAUACAUAUUAAUAUUAUGUGAAUUUAAGAUAUUUUAUAAAAUAUUUAUAGUUUUUUAUUUUUGUGGUUUUUGUUGGCUUUUUCCAUUCCAUGGCUUCAAAAGUAAAACUCUUAAAUUAUAAGUUGAUACAUUGAAAUUAUAUUCAAAAUUGCUAGCAAGUGAAAAAUUGUAAGCAUAGAACUAUGUAUUUAUAUGAAGUAAUUGUAGUUGUAGCGCUUCUCAUCGAUAGACAUACAAACAUCGGCACAUAAUUACUCAUAUAUAACCACGCCUAACUGUACUCAUAUUUAACGUUAAACGCCUGAAGCUAAAAUUUAUAAAUAUUCGAACUGAUAUCCAAACUGUAAUACAAUAUUUUAUACACAAACAGAAAUGUCUUAAUAAAUAAAUAAAUAUUUGCAAAGUAUGGAAAUAACAGAGAAUGUUUAUGAGUUAAAAAAAUAGGUACGAAGGCACGCCACUAAGAUGCUAUUUUUUUAUCGAAUUCGAAUUCGAAGUAUAUUAAUUCAAAAAUAUUUAGUAAUGUCCUUUUAAAUGUGAAAUGUCUUAACAAAAGCAGAUUUCAUGCUAAACGAAAUAAAAAUUCAGAAUUUUCGAAAUUUUCUAUGCGCUCAAAAUUUUAAAAUUUCAAGUUAAAUGCGUUUUGGAGUAAAGUACAUAACAAAAGCAGUAUAUAAGCCUUAAAUAGCUUGCAAUUUUCGUAAACACUCAAACAAACCGCCCUAAGGCAUCAAAAAAAAAAAUAAAUAAUAAAAAAGACACCAACAACUGUUACAUAUUGACGUUUAACAUUUUAAUCAACACUCUCAAACGGAUCUGCAUUUCAACAGAUCAACAACAACACAGCAAUAACAACAAUUGCAAUACAAAAUUAAUAUUUAAACAAUAAAAAACUCAAAUGUUUGUGUGUAUGCGUGCAUAUAUUAAAAAUUAGUAUAUAUGUAUGUUUGUGUACGACAACUUCGCGCGGCAUCUUGGCAGCGGCUGGCGUGCCGGUUAAUGCUUAAUAAAUAUAGCGCUCGGGUCCAAAGUGCGAAUACACAGCGAAACGAGUCACAUACGCAAGCGACGAGCAAAAAACGAGCAAAACAAAUUCCGAAAAAAAAAUAAAAUAAAUAAUAAAAGGUGCUAGGGGGUAAGGCAUAAACAACAAAAAAAUGUAUAAUUAGAAUUAUUGAGUAAACAGUAGCAAGACAGUAAACAACAUACAGAGAAUAUUGUUUGAGAGACAAUGUCUCAGGCUAUUAGCAGCCACUUAUGAGUUAGUAGGGGCGUUAAUGUGACGGGUGGGCGUGACUGAGCGGCAAUAAGUAAAAUAUAUUCUAUAUAU